AUGGCCGGAGGAAGCCGCCGCCGCCGCCGUUCUCACCUGAGAGCGCGUCCGCCGCAGGCCGACGAACCCUCCCCGCCGCCACCGGUGGCGGCACCGGCACCGGCACCAGCGAGUCUCGGCAACAGAGAAUCUGUUGUUGAAGAGGGGCCCUCUAAGAGAACCUGUGACGCCUCCGGAUCUACCUCCUCGCCCUUGUCAGGAUCUCAUGCUUGGGAUAACCUUCUAGACAGCAUGCUCCAUCAAAUCAUUGCUCUCGUUAGCUCAUUCCAUGAUUUCCUUGCUUUCAGUGGCACCUGCCGCUCUUGGCGUGCUGCGGCAUCUUCCUUCCCAUCUGUAUACACUUUCGCCUUCCCACCCCUCCACCUCGAACCAGAUAUUGGCCAUGGAAUUUUGAACUCUAAUCCUAAAUGGAAGCUUGCUGAUCCCGCCAAGAAAGCUUUGUCCCUUCGCUGUUCGGUGCCCAGGAUUACUCCAUGUCGCAUGCGCUAUCUGGGAUGCUCAAAUGGAUAUCUCGUCUUCUCCGAUCGGGAGCACUGCCACCUUGUCGAUGUGUACACGGGUGCUAAGGUGACGCCUCCCAAACUCCAAUCCGAUGGCAACUCUUUGAUCUAUGGACUCCUUGUGGCUCCACUCAGUUCACCCAACUCUCAUCUCAUCCUUUUCUCGAAAACCUCCAUACUCCAGUGGCAGGUUGGAACAAAUUCCUGGACUGUGUACCCUCUUGUUGGUGAACCCAUCCUUCAGGUUGUCUUCUUCAAAGGUCAGGUGUUCGCCAUGGACUUUGUUCAGAGGCUUCAUACCAUACACAUCGUGCCUCAGCUCAGCAUACAAGAAGUAGCAGUUGUGUGGGAAGAGGGCAUGCUUGUAGGCCUGCAUUCUAAGCCAUGGUUGCUGGUCUGUGGUGACAUGCUUCUCUUGGUUGAUCUCUCGGUAAGCAUGGACCUACUGUUUGGCUUCCCUGGUCACUUUCAAAUAUUCCGCCUCGACUUUUCAGACGAACCAGCUAAGUGGGUGAAGAUGCAGAAGUUGGACAGCUGGGCUCUCUUUCUUGCCAAUGAUAGGAGGACCUCCACAUUUUCUUGCAUGAACCCGGAAAGAUGGGGAGGAAAAAGUAACUACAUUUAUGUUCCGACGGCAUCCGAAGACAAUGAUGAGCCAUGGACUGCAAUAGAAGUCGGGCAACCAGUGCCCAGCUCAACUCACCAUAUGUCAUUCAGUUCUGCAGCUACUGCCCAUUCCAGUCCACUAAAUAGCCUCUGGGUGCUCCCCAGUUUGGUUUGCGGAGUUCAACUGUAAUUGAUCAACGUUGCUUGUUGCAGUUGCAGUUGCGGCUUUAGGGUUUUACUUAGUCUGUUACAAAGCAAGCCCUAUCAAUCGCUUCUUUAUUAGACUAAUUACUAAUUUCAGUAAUUAGUCUUUUAAUUACUAAUUUCAGUAAUUAGUCUUUGUAACUUCCAUGGUUUUUGGACUCUGCACCAAAUGUAUUGUGUACAAGAAUAUUUAUAUAUAUUGUCUCAAGUGAUCUUCCUGAGCUGUGACCACCUACGUUACAACAGCUAUGGCUCCACAGUGAUUAGUCAGCUUCUGAUGUAGCAGUUUGGUUGAGGUUAGUUAUGUGACAAUCUGGUAACCUUUUUUAUAUUAUUAAUUCAUGUAUAUGGUUGUGUGCAACUUUAUCUAGUCUCUCAAUAUGAUCCUUGUGCCACUUAUUGUUUCUACUUUCAUGUCCUGAAAUUCUUUUUAAUUAAUUGAGAACAUAUGACAUACAAUGAUGCUUCAGUCCAGUAAGAAUGUAAGAUGCUUCGGAGAUUUCGUCCAUCAUGCAAUUUUAUUCAGGCAAAAGCUUUAUUUAGGGAUGUUCAUUAUUUCCAAGUUGCAAUAGUACUGGCCACACGUGAACAUAUAUGGCACUUCUAUUUUGUCGCCGUUUCCUCGAUCAACUAAAUGGUGAUCGAUUUACCUAGCAUGGCACAUCCUUCUCUUUUUAGCAGGCACAGCACGGGUAGUGGCCAUAGGGAUGCUGUAGGGGUUAAGCGUUAUUUUACUGCAGGGGGUGGUGGUACAAUAUUCCAGGAUGUACACGUUGCACAUCGACGGAAGAGUAUGAAGCACCAUACUCAUUAUCUCGAACUGAACCUGUUGAUGUGGCUGAUUGAUACUCUGGCGUUGCUGCUGCUGCAUGAUGGACUGUGCCACGCUGCAGAUGACUUGGCACUGAGCCUGCUCUGAGAUCUGCGCUAGCUGCUGGCGGCACUGCAUGCUGCUGCAUCAGCGGGCAGCUGCUCGCCUGCAACAUCUGGGAUCGGACAAAUGGUGAUGUCGCUGGGCCACACUGUUGCAGGAAUGUUACAUGUGUUCAUCUGAUGAUGCCACUGUUAUUGUUGCUGCUGGCCUUGCCCGCAGCCUGGCUGCAGGAUGUGUCCAGCUUCGCAACGGUGUUGGUCACUGCGAGAGAGAUGAGAGCAAGGAUGAACAAGGUCUUCAUGGUUGCAGGAAUGUUACAUGUGUUCAUCUGAUGAUGCCACUGUUAUUGUUGCUGCUGGCCUUGCCCGCAGCCUGGCUGCAGGAUGUGUCCAGCUUCGCAACGGUGUUGGUCACUGCGAGAGAGAUGAGAGCAAGGAUGAACAAGGUCUUCAUGGUGGUUGGCUACUGCUGUGCUUUGAUGUUUAUGUUUGUAUGAGGAUGGUGGAGGGGGUCUUCAUAGUGCAAACCUAUUUAUAGCUACCAUGGUGGCACUAAGUCUUAUCUUGGAUAAUUAUCAAUUAUACUAUUUAGUACAUGUCUCAUUGAUGUACAUGUCAGUCGUCAUUGAUAAUCGGCAGGAAGAAGUAUGAAACCCUCCAAGGCCUUCCACAUGAAGGCAAGGUGGGUGAAGGUGGACAGGUUGGAUAACUGGGCCAUCUUUGUUAGCGCCGAUGGGUGAUGCCAGGCGUUGCCAUGCAUGAACUCAGAGAUAUGGGGAGGGAGGAGCAACCACAUGUACUUUCCAGGUUAUCAGUCCGAAUAACCUUGGGCUGUAGUCCAACUGUGGCAACGGUGACCGUCCGACAUGGUUACAGCUAGUGAAUGCUGGAGGCCAGUACCACAGAUUAGAGUGUACCUGGGUCUUUCCUGCUGUGUUCCCUGGCCCUUGCCGAUGAUGAUCUUACCACAAUCGAGGUUGCGAUUGGUCAAUUAGCUUCUGUUACAGCUUUGGUGGGAGAAUUCUACCAUAUUGCACUUGCAGGACAAGUGGUUGAGUGAAUGUUCCUGACUUGUUUCAGAACUUACAUUGCAACCAGAAGUUUUCACUGUAAAGGUAUCUGAUUCUGCA